UGUCAAUGUCUUUUAUUCAUUGAAAUAAAGAAUAUCUUAGGAUAUGAAGAAAAUGACUUAUUUAUACUAGAAAUUAUAGUCGAAGUUUUGUGUUGAUUGCAGUGAUAAUAUCUGUAUUGUUUCUGCUAUUGUCAUAAUUAAGUUUUCUAUGCUUGAUAGUUAUUCUGUGGUGUAGUGAGUGACCUCAGAUUGAUUGAUAAUUAAGAAAUUUAAAUAAAGUUGUGUGCGUUUGUUUUUAAUAAGUCAUAUUGUUCAUAUUUCAGUCAUGGGUUGUGUUUUUAAGGUGAGUUAGGAACAAAUCGUUCAAACGGUAGAUGGUGAGAUACUGAUGGUUGGUCAAGUAAGUUCUUAUUCGCUAUGCCGUGUUGUUUAUCGGCGGGUUAUAUAAAGGCAGUAUCCACAAUUUCAGAUGGGCUUAUACUCUUUCUUAGGGUUAUAAAUCCAUGUAUUCUAGAGAUAUUUGUUCAAAUAAUGAAAUGGGUAUCAACUGAUCGAAAUUAUACGCUGGUGUUAGAAUACGACUGGAAUAACAGUGGCUCUAUUAGUUUAAGCGUGCUCAACUUCCAACCGAGUGGAUCAUGGGUUUGAAAUCCACUUUGCUUAUCCAGGUUUGUGCAGCUAACCAGGUAGUGUGAUUAGUCUUUACACUGUAGGUGUGACUCAUUUCCUGACUGAGUUUCAACGUAAAAUUUUCAGGUUGCCACACACUCCAUGUAGCAUACAAAGGUAGAGAAAACCAAAUUCAAAAGGACGGUAAGAACCAGAAAUGUGACAGAGGGAAGAAUAACAAAAUGGAAAAGCAUCCGGGGUUCAAUGGAUAUAGGCGAUCACAGACUGUAUACAUCUUCACCACUGACAACGAUUGUGUGCCAAUACUAUCGAGUCAUUGGUUCUUGUCAUCCAGCUCCAAUCUGGCUCAACUCAACUAUCAAAUGCGCUAUGAAGUGAUGUCAGGUUUCUGUGUGGACAUCCUUAACUCUUUUCCAGUCUAAUCGUUUAUCGGUUAACACUGCUUGAUGAGGGGGAGGUGAUGUUUCGUCAUGCGUAACACGUGUCUUAGUCACCUCAACCAACUCACCUUCAUAACCUCACCGAUUGAUUCCGUCUCGUACUUACUUACUUUACUUUGGCUAUCUCCUACGGGAGGAUGAGCCGGCUUCAUGAACAUCUCGAAGCAUCGCUGCCCAGGCGCGGCGAUCUGAUUUGUAAGAGAGUUCAUGAAGUUUCAUGGGAAUUUGGUACGAGUGAUGUCCCCAGAAUCGCUCGGCCUUUUGUUCGAGAGUGCAGCUCUAGCCUUUACACAACCGUGUGACCUACAAGGCAGUAGGAGUGGAGUAGGGAGUCCACUAUCCAUUGGCAGCCGGUGACCGGAGUUCGGUUCAUACACCUUUUUGAAUGGGGCCAGACAUCCAGGACAUCCAACAAGCCCUUUGUCCAUACGUCUGCCGGUGAGCACCAGUGAGCUUCAUACGCCAGUCGUUGGAGGUUUGGAAUCAGGGUUAAGCCAUCUCCCAUAGACUGUCAUCCAAUGGACAGUCAACCCGGUGAAGAGCGCCGGGCAUCCGCUUUCGCCCUCUCACUAUGGUGAAAAACACCUCCGCCACGUGAAGGCAGUGAGUAGGACUUCCUCAGGAGAGGCUAUGUAAGACGCCCGGUCAUAUGGGAGCAUUUCAAGAGGUGUGCGGAGGGGUGGCCAACUCGCAGCGCAAGGCACCCACCCCCGACCAUCCUGAGGCUUUGGAGGCUCAGUAACCUAACACUGUAUGCAUAACGUGAAUACUGUUCACCAUGUUAUGUCACUUAACGCGGGAAAUAGAACUCAAACAUCCGUGGUCAAAGAGAACUAACAUUUUCGUGUCUUCCGUUUUUAGUUGCCAUGUCUGACAGCCGUAAAAGAAGACAGAGCGAAAUGGUGAAUAGUACACAGCCAGCAGGAUAUCAGGUGUAAACAGAGAUGACGUAGGUUCGCAAGUGCCACACAGGGCCUUUGUAUCCGUGGUGAGAUUUCGUGCGCAACCACUUCAUUCCGGUUGGUGCAACUUCCCAACAUAUUGAUAACAAUCAGUUAAAUAUGGUUUCUUCAUCUGGUCAUGGAAAAUUGAAGGUUAGCCGUCAACAUUCAACAACAUCACAUAAUACAAAACACUUAACAUCUAGCUCCUCCUCUGUUGAACAUUACACUGGGUCAAAAGAUAACAAUAGUCUAACGAGUAUAUCUGACGAUGUUUAUUCCGAUUCAGAUGGUCAUGAUGAUAAUGGUAACGAAAAUGAUGGUGAUGCUGAUGAUGAUGGUUAUUCAAAUUUAGGUGUGAGCAAAUCUACCACUCAUUUAUCGCAUAGUCAUAAUAUGAUCAGUCCAACAAAUAGUCAUCAUUCUGAUAUGAUGAAUAAUUUGUCUUCUAGUGGUCAGUAUAGUCAUCAAACAUCCAGCAGUAGUCCAUCGGUGUUAUCAUCUGUACAAAAAUGUAUGCCUGAUAUGCACAGCUCAACAAAGUCCUCGAAAAAAGAUCCGUAUGCAUUUGAAGAUGAUGAGAAUGACGACACAGUGAAUAGUUCUGCCAACACAUUACUUCAUUCGUCGGCAGUCUCCACUGGACAAAUUGGAAUUCAUUCUAAUUGUAGCAGUAGUGGUGGUGGUGGCGGUGGUGGAGGUGCUGGCUUUAUUGGUACAGUAACAUCGACUAGAUCAAAUAUUACUAAUACCAGUCCUAAUAAUAGUGGCAGUAGCCUGUUGUCAAAGCCAUCCCGCCAAAUCUCUUCAUCUAAUUUGUCUACUGUAGUAGAGUCCGGAAAUACUAGUUCGGAUAGUAAUCAUAGUUAUAAUACAACUGGUGGACCUCCACUUCGACUUCGGUUUGCUAAAGAAGCUGGACAAUACACACUGAUGGAACAACAACAGCAACAACAGGUUGAUUUGUCGUCAUUGUCGAAUUGUGAUAUGAAUUCCAGUGGUGGAACAACUGAAGUAUCUAAUUUCAAUAGUAUGAACGAUAACAAUACCAGUGGUGGGAGCAGUAACAAUAACAAUAAUAUUGCUGGUCAUCUGGAUAGUAAUACUAAUAAUAUUGACAACAGAAAUGAUCAAGACGUCGGUUUAUUGGUGUCAAUGAGAAGCGAACAGUUGACGGGACAAGAUUUAGAUAAUAUUUCUACAUCAUGUCAAUCGGAAUCAUCAGGAGGUGAAGAGUCGUCGCAAAAAGUUCCACCUUUACGUAUUAAGUUUGCGUCAGGCACAUCCGGAGAUAAUGAAUCCUCUGUAACCUCAUUGUCAGCGUCAGUUGGAGCGCCUAGUGGAUAUUCCAUCCAUCUAAACAAUUCUGAUAGUCAUAACAACAAUGAUAAUAAUCUGGAAAAUAAUGGGAAUGACGAGGUAGAUAGAAAGGAUAAGUUUGAUAUUAAAUCUCGGCUAUCUGUUGACGAUGUCAGUCGAAGUGAUGGUAAAGAGCUUGCAGCUUCCAUUUCAACCAAUACUCUCAAUACAAUCUCUUCAAGUACAUCAGAGAAAGAAAAAAUUGACAGAAGUCAUGAUCAUGGUUUAAGUCACCACUCCAAAACUCACAGAUCUCAUAGUCAUAACACUACAAUGAAUCCCAAUACAUCACAACAUCCUGUUGACUCCAGUACAAGUUUGUCAACUUCUUCAAGUCCUGUACCUACAACCUGUUCGACUCCGACGACAACUACUGUCAACUCGACAGGCAAUAGUGGUGUGGUUAGCAGUACAGGUACAGGUAGUUCAAGUCGUUCAAAGGUGGAAAGUACACAAGAGGCGAAUAACAGUCAUGCAAAUAAUGCCAGCAGUAACAGCAGCAGUCGGACAACCAACAGCAAUAGAGAGACGGGGAAAGAGACGCAUCGACAUCGUAGUGGGCGUACAUUGCGUUCACAUACAGCCGCUCAACGUGAAAAGGAGGAAAAGGAACGUCAUACCGAUGACACUAGUCCAAUUAAAAAGCGUAAACUACGCUCAAGGUCAGAUGCUUCAAGUCACGAUAGUAAUACUACUACUAAUAAUAACAGCAAUUCACAGAAUCGCAACAGUGGGAAUACUGCAGCUGGAAAUGAUCAUAGUUCAUCUGCAGUUACCACUACCCAGUCUGGAUCCACGCCUACUUCCAGUGUUUUAUCGUCUACAAAUACCGCUGUUGUAAAUACAGAAGUAAGUAACGAUCUACCUCUAACAUCGAGUACUACUAUCCCCCAGGUUGAUACUCCUAUGACUAAUGAAGAGAAAAAACCACCUGUUGUCAGUGCUCAGACAGUAAUUACCGACGAAGACACUGAUGUACCUAUGCCAGAUGUUUCUGAAUUAGAACAAAAGCCUGUAAGUAUGGAUGUCGAUGUUAAAUCUGAGACAUGUGGUUCGCCUGCAUCAGUUGCUACACUGAGUAUGGAUACAACCACUAAUAUGGAUGUGCAAGUGCCAUCAACAAUCACACCCCCGUCAUUGUCGUCAUCAGUGUCAAUAACAACAACAACAACAACACCAGCAGUAACCAUGUCCACAGCAUCAGUGGAACAGUCAGGAGGGUGUCAGGGUGAAGCAGAUACGAAUGUGGAUUAUUUACUAUGUCCUGCUGGUCCUGGAGAUGAGGAUCGGAAAGAUAUUGAGCUGCUUAAAUUUCAAAAUCCUUAUGAGAAAGCAGCUGAACUGAAUAAAGGUUUGCGUGAGCUUGUUAAGAAUCUUGUGAAAGUUCAUCCCAAAGCACCGUGUGGUUAUCAAGACUAUCUUCUGGUUACGCGUAAUUACCUGUUGGCUAAUCAACCAUCCUUUGCUACUUAUAUGAAACGUUUACCACCAGGUAAUUUGGAGCCAGCUUUUGUUGAAUUAUUCAAUGAACAAGAAGAAGAACGUUAUGCUCAAGCAUUGAAGCAUCAGUCCGAACGGGAACACCUCCAGUUGGGAGCAGAACAAGCUGUUCUGCGUGCUCAAACACGUGGGGCUUUAGCAGUUGCCAAUCAAUCGAAACCCUAUUCAUUUUGUUCCAUAUUAUCUUAUAACGAUUUAACAUAUAUACCACCGGUCGGAAAAGAAGAUAAUCGGGAAGAAGAAAGUGUUCGUGGUCGUUUCACACCGCGUACAUUUAUCGGUUGGCUUCAGGAUAUAAUUGAUACAUAUCAAAGCGAAAAGAAAAAAUUGUUAUGUCGUCAGCUUCAUGAAGCAGAAUCCUUAAUGAUGGUGCAAAAACUUGACUGGGAGAUGAAAGCGCGUGAAACACUGGCCAAUGUGGAUUGUAUCGGCCUAGAUGGAUUCAAAGAUAUUCCAGGUAGUUGUGUACCAAUGAUUCCAGUGCCGAAUGAUUUUCCAUUAUUCGCUCAUGAUCCAGUGCAUCGAUCAACCUCUAUGACAAUGACCAGUAAUAGCAACAGCAAUAGUAAUACUGGUGGUAAUCCCAUUUCUGCAACUAGCACUGUGAUGAAUAGCAUCUCUACUCCUGCCAUAAAGACAACAGCGCCUACUAACACUGUCAGUACCACAACAUCCAACCCGUAAACUGUAAACAAUGAAAUAAGAAUAAGAGUAGUAAUCAUCCAAGAGAAUUGUGCAUUUUCCACAUAUUUCUGUCUAUGUGUGUUCAUAGAUGUGUACAUAUAUGUAUAUAAUUAAUGUGUAUUUGAUUAUCUGUCAGUAUUAUUGGUAGUAUAACCAAUUAUUUUAAAGGACUGAGUUUAAUGAACAAAGAGUAUUUUUUUUCCUGUAAGUUCUUCAUUAUGUUCCACAGUUGUAUGACCAAAAUUAAUAAACAAU